UAAAGUGAAGCUCAGAUUUUCCUGCUGUCUGUUCAUCAUCAUGACUUUCGUCGCUCCUCCAGGCUACCAGCCCGUCUACAACCCUUGCAUUCCGUACCUCGGCCCCAUUUAUGGCGGCAUUCGGGUCGGAGUGUCCAUCUACAUCCAGGGAUCGGUUCCUGAAAACAUCACCAGGUUUCGGAUCAACCUUCUGUGCGGAGAGUCGGACUCCAGUGACGUCGCCCUGCACUUCAACCCUCGGUUCGACGGCUGGGACAAGGUGGUUUUCAACAGCCGUAAAGACGGAUCCUGGAUGUCGGAGGAGAAGAUCCGCAGGAUGCCUUUCUCCAAGGGCGAGUCCUUCGAGUUGGUCAUCAUGAUCACCUCCGAGGGAUUCCAGACUAAAGUCGACGGGAAGGACUUCUUCCUGUUCCCUCACCGGCUCCCUGUGGAGCAGAUCCGGGCCAUCCAGGUCGCCGGAGACGUUUCCAUCCAGACCAUUAACAUCAUCGGGGGCGGCGGCGGCGAGUUUCCUGGAGGAACUGGAGGCGGAUAUCCAGGAUGCAGCAUGGGGCAGGGCGGAUACCCAGGAGGCAGCAUGGGGGGUGGAUAUCCUGAUGGCACGGGCGGAGGAAUGGGACAGGGAGGAUAUCCUGGAGGCCACAUGGGGGGUGGAUGUCCCGACAGCCUGGGAGGCGGAAAACCAGGAAGCAACAUGGGGGGAGGUUUUCCAGGAUCCCACUUGCCGGGGAUGGGAGGGCAGCCGCUCUACAACCCACCUGUUCCGUUCGCCGCCCUGAUCCCCGGAGGGAUGUACCCUAAGAGGACCAUCAUCGUCCGGGGCCUGGUGCCCUGCGGGGCCAAAAGGAUGGGCUUCAACCUGGUGGUGAGCAGAACCCAGGACAUCGCCUUCCACAUGAACCCCAGAGUGAAGGAGGGCGUCGUGGUGCGAAACGCCCGGACCGGAGGGCGGUGGGGCAACGAGGAGCGGGAGCUCAGCGGGUCGCCCUUCGUGGAGGGGCAGUACUUCGACAUGUCGAUUCGCUGCGGCAACCAGAGGUUUAAGGCGUUUGUGAACGGGCAGCACCUGUUCGACUUCUUCCACCGAACAAACUUCAGCGAAAUCGACAAACUGGAGAUCGACGGAGACGUUCAGAUCUCCUACGUCCACUUCUGAUUCGCUACUUCCUUUUGUGCAGUUUUCAGUUUUGCAUCAGUUGUUUGCAUUGAUAAAGCUCAGGAAGAAAAUGUG